UAGAACUUGUAGUAAAUGAAUCAAUAGUUUCGUGACAUUAUAAGAGUUAUAAAACAAGAUAAAUUUAAAUUUUACUGAAUGAUGAAAAUUUGCGUAUAAUUUACUUCAGAACUUACGAGACUUGAAGUUAGUCUUAAUUGCGCGGCAAAUAUCACAUAUAUGCUCUAGAGCUUUAUUUGAAUAAAUUCAUUGAGCUAAUCUAUAAUCUGUGAAGUAACAAGGAAAAUCAUUACCAGCAAGUUUCCACUUACUUUUUUACUAUAUGUUUGUAAGAGAUACACAGUAUUGGAAAGGCUAACAGGAUUGGCCUUGUCGAAUAUAAACUGGUGGGGAUACCUAGCCAUAAAACUUUCCAUCUUUCUCACAAGUCUCGUUAAUACUACCGUUGCAGUUGGCUGCAAACAGUGACACUCAAAAUGAAGUAUUUAAUAUCAGGAAUCUUGCUCUGCGCGAUUGGCUUCACCCUAGGUGAUGUAGCAUCGGAAUUUAAAAAGGCGAAAAUCGAGUCCGACAUCAUAGACAAAGCACCAAUUGAAAAGAUCGAGGUAAAAUAUGGCAAUAAAGUGGUCGAUUUAGGUACCGAGCUGACGCCAACUGAAACCCAUGAGAUACCCGAGAUACAUUAUAAACACGAGGGCGGAGUCCUGUAUACGCUUGUUAUGACAGACCCCGACGUGCCGAGGAGAGGAGGAUACAAUCGAGAAUUCCGCCAUUGGCUCGUAGGAAAUAUACCUGAGGAAAAUGUAGCCAAAGGUGAAAUUUUGGCGGAGUACGUUGGCCCUGCGCCGCCUAAGAACACCGGCAAACACCGAUACGUGUUUCUCGUCUAUAAGCAGAAUCAGGGUUCGAUUACUUUCGACGAAAGAAGACUGAGCACUUGGGACGGAAAUCAGCGGAAAAGGUUCUCCAUAAAAAAGUUCGCAGAGAAAUACAAUCUGGAGGGUCCGAUUGCUGGUAACUUUAUGUUGGCAGAAUAUGACGAUAACGUACCCGCUUAUCAUAAGCAUUUGGGCUUCUGAUCAAACCGUGAAUUGAUCCGAGCUAAAUUUCUUCGGAUAUAUAACAUACAUAAGUAUAUAUAAGCUCUAUAUAUUAUUUGAAAUCUCGUAAAUAUAUCAUUAUCUUCUUGA